GGCGACGUAUCCGGGAUGUGGGAUCCGAGGCUGGUCAGACUGGCCUUGGUGCAGCAGCUGCGGGCCGUGUACGGCAUCAAGGUCAAGGGCUGCCGUGAGCAAUGCGAUCGCCGGAGACGCGAACCUGCAGCCGCGGAGACUGGGGGUAAAAUAUUUGGAGUACCUUUUAAUGCAUUGCCUCAUUCUGUGGUCCCAGAAUAUGGAUACAUCCCAAGCUUUCUUGUUGAUGCAUGUACAUCUUUAGAAGCACAUAUCCACACAGAAGGGCUGUUUAGAAAGUCAGGAUCAGUUACUCGUCUAAAAGCACUGAAGAGCAAGUUGGACCAGGGUGAAGGCCGCCUGUCUUCUGCGCUUCCUUGUGACAUUGCAGGGCUGCUCAAGCAGUUCUUUCGGGAAUUGCCAGAACCCAUUCUCCCAGCCGAGCUGCAUGAAGCUCUUUUCAAAGCUCAGCAGCUGGGAACAGAGAAGAACAAAGCUACGUUACUGCUCUCCUGUCUCAUGGCUGACCAUACAGUUGAUGUAUUAAGAUACUUCUUUAACUUCCUCAGGAAUGUUUCUCUUAGGUCUAGUGAGAAUAAGAUGGAUAGUAGCAAUCUUGCAGUCAUAUUUGCACCAAAUCUUCUUCAGACAAGCGAAGGACAUGAGAAGAUGUCUGCUAACACAGAAAAGAAGCUACGAUUACAGGCAGCAGUGGUCCAGACCCUUAUUGACUGUGCACUGGAUAUUGGCCGUGUACCAGAUUUUAUCCUGGAAAAGAUGCCAGCUAUGUUGGGAAUGGAUGGUCUCUGUGCUACUCCAUCAUUAGAGGGCUUUGAGGAAGCUGAAUACGAGACUCCUGGUGAAUACAAGAGAAGGCGGAGACAGAGUGUGGGAGAUUUUGUUAAUGGAGCCCUAAAUAAACUUAAAUCCAGCAGAACACCCUCUUUUACCCCUCAACAGGAUAGAACUGUCCAGCCAUCUGUGUCACCCAUGAUUCUCACUCCAAAUGCCAAGCGUAAGCUGCCAGUGGAUUCCUCUCAUGGCUUCUCAAGUAAGAAGAGGAGGUCUGUCAAGCACAACUUCAAUUUUGAGCUGUUGCCGAGCACUCUCUUCAGUAGCAGUUCUACACCAGUGUCAGUUCACUUUGAAACAAGCCCAGAGGGGUCAUCUCAGAGUUCCCUCUCUCCUGUAGCCAUCAGUGGCAACCAUUUGAUCGGUACAGAUGUGCUAAGGCGGAGUAAAAGGAUUGCAGGCAAAAAAGUUUGCAGGGUAGAAUCAGGAAAAGCAGGAUGCUUCUCUCCUAAAAUCAGUCGUAAAGAAAAGGUUCGAAGAUCCCUUCGUCUGAAAUUUAGUCUGGGGAAAAGUAGCAGAGAUGCAAAUGGAUGUUCUGGUGUCAAUCGAUAUGAAAAUGUUGGUCGGCGACUUGCAAAUCAACAAAAUUUUAAAAAUAGAAUUGAAUCUGUAAAAACAGGCCUACUUUUUAGCCCAGAUGUUGAUGAAAGAUUACCAAAGAAAGGUUCAAAAAAGAUGAGUAAAUCUGAGGAAAACUUACUAACUCCAGAGCGAAUAGAUGGGACAAGUUACCGGAUAUCUUGGACAGGACCCAGUAAUUCAAGUUUUCAAGAAAUGGAUGCAGGUGAAGCUUCUCUGGUAACGAGAGAUCUUGGGAUGGAAAACUUUUCUCUGGAGGCUGGCAUUGUGGGUGAAAAGUCACCAGCUGCAUCCUGUGAGCACACCCCUUGUGCUCUGCACAGCCAGCCUCACAGCACUGUGAUGGGAAGCUCCCUUAGUGGGGAUGAAAGUCACCUGACCACAGAGACCCUGGUGAAAAUUCAGAAAGCGUUUUCUGAGUCUGGAAGUCAGCUUCAUGCAUUGAUAAAUCACAGGUCAUCAUCAGCAAUUAAUGCAGGGGAAGAAGAAUUGAACGAGAUAUCUGAUGUGGAAUAUAGCCCAGAGAAAGUUCUACUUGAAAUAAAUGAUUUGGCAGUAGGAGAAUCUGAGCAAAAGCAAGAAAUCUGUACUGGUAAGGAUGAAAAUUCUUGUUCAGAAAGAGAACUCUUGCCACAUCACACUCAAGAAUUUGGUAGAGAAGCAAUGAUGAAAUGGUACUCAGAAAAGGACAUUCCUUCAGAAAUACCAAAAGAUGAUGUAAGCCAGCAUGAAUUCCCUAGUGAUGAACAAAGUAAGCAGUCCCCAAGGGAUAAACCAUGUACUGUGUCAGAAGAGAAUGAGAAUAUGAUCAGAGAAAAUGAAGUGAAACUUGCAGCUCCCAAGGAUGACAAGGUCAAGUCCUCUUCCUCACCGCAGAGUACCUGUAAUAUGAUAAACCUCCCAAAAUCCAGGCCCAGGAGAAUCACUAAACAGCAGUCACUGGUGGAAACAUGCCAUAAAACAGUUUCUGAAAGUUUACCAAUGUCAGAGCAUGGAAAGGUUUCAGAUCACAUUCAAUGGUUUAAUAAGCUUUCUUUAAAUGAACCAAGUAGAACAAAAGUGAAGUCACCUCUUAAGUUUCAACGUACGCCUGUACGUCAGUCUGUCAGAAGAAUUAAUUCCUUGUUGGAGUACAGCAGACAACCUGUAAGGCGGAAGUUGGCAGGUCUCACUGAUGCUGCUUCUCCUCUGGUUAAAUCUGUGAGCUGUGACAGUGCUCUUCCCUCUUGUACGUCAAAAGAGCCCUCAGCAUCCUGUGCUAAAUCAGGUCCUAACCAGCAGCAGUCACCAUCAAGUGGACAGUCAAACAUGGGUGCAACUUCAAAAUCAAGCAUGGAGCUGACUUCUAAAUCUUCCUCAAAAAUGAAGACGUACCCAGAGUCUGUGAAUGCUUCUCUUCAUUCUAUUAGAGUUUGUGAACAGGAGGUCAAACCUGGUGGCCAAAUUAAGAUUCCCUUGGAUGACCUGACUAAUCAUGAUUUAAAAUCUGCUGUAAAUAGCAAUAUGGGCUUUUCUCCUGGGAUAAAAAGCAGGGUCAUUAGGAAGCCACCAGAAAGAGAAAGGGCCUGGUACAAAGGUUCUCCAAAAAAUCCCAUUGGAAAGGCUCAACUGCUACCAACAAGUAAACCUGUAGACUUAUAAUUGGCAAAUGUUCUUCUUGUCACUAAUGUGAAUGAAAUGAGCGGUUGGUGAUAUGACUUGCAGGAUGAUUUCGUGUCUGUGCCGCUGGGAAUGGUUGUUAAGCAGGACAUUUUUCUCUGAAACAUUGUAAUU